AGAGGAAAGGUCUCUUGAGCUUUGCAAAAGGAGGAAUUAUUUGCAUACCAACGCUUUAGUUGUGGUAAAACACUUUCCAGGCUGAAAAUGGACCAUGCAAACAUGACCCAAGCCAUGCUUGAUGCUGAAUCCCGCAACACGGAGAACAACAACAGCAACGAGUAUUUUUACAUUCUGAUCGUCAUGUCUUUCUACGGGAUCUUUCUGAUAGGGAUAAUGCUGGGCUACAUGAAAUCCAAAAGAAAAGAGAAGAAGUCCAAUUUACUUCUGCUCUACAAAGAUGAGGAGAGAGAAUGGGGGGAAGCUGUGAAGCCUCUACCAACCAUCUCAGGGCUGAAAUCUGUCCAGAUCCCCAUGAUGCUGAACAUGCUACAGGAGAGCAUGGUGCCGUCCCUGUCCUGCGCCAUCUGCUCGAUGGAAGGCAGCAGCGUGAGCUCCGAAUCCUCCUCCCCAGAUGUGCACUUCACCAUCCAGGAGGAAGUGCUGGAUGCUGAACUGGGGGAAGUGUCAGAAACGCUUCUCAACGAAAGCAGUGAGGGAUCUGCAGAAAACAUCCACAAGAACUCCUAGCACUUGCAGGGCUCCCUUGAUCAGCCGCCAAAGCGUGAGUGGAGCUCCCACUAAGAACUUGUGGUUCUACUUCCCUGCUCGCCAAUGAACUCUCAACAGGUAUCUGUGCCCCUGGGCCCGAGGCGUUCCUGAGAGCUGGUAGGACAAGGAAGCAGUGGUACCCAACACCAAAGUGUAACUUGCACAU